CAUAUAAAAAGCCCGUCUGUCCAGAGAGGACUUCUUUUACAGGGAAGACUGGCUGAGUUUGCAGCUUCCAGGCUUCAGGGAGCAGAGAGUUCCUACUGACCCUGAUAGCAGCAGACCUUCCAGACCUUCCAGAGCUUCCAGAGAUGUACAGAAAUAUGGAUUUGGACACCUUGCAAGCUUUGCAGAAUGAACUCAUCUGCUCCAUUUGUAUGAACUACUACAUAGACCCUGUCACCAUUGACUGUGGGCACAGCUUUUGCAGUCCCUGCCUGCACCUCUGCUGGGAGGAAGCCCAGACCCUGAUGUCCUGCCCUGAGUGCAGGGGAAUUUCAGAGAAAUCAGACUUCAAAACCAAUAUUGCGCUCAAGAAACUGGCAUCCCUUGCCAGACGGGCCAGAGUUUACCACGCCAACAGCUCCAAUGAGCAGAUCUGUGUAAUACACAAGAAAGCAAAGGAGUUCUUCUGUGAGGCUGACAAGAGCCUUCUGUGUGGGCUCUGCUCUGAAACACCGGAGCAUGUGGCUCAUGGCCACAGUCCAGUCCAGUGGGCUGCUGAGGAAUACAGGGAGAAACUUCUGAAGAGAAUGGGCUCUUUAUGGAACAUGACUCAAGAAAUGCAAAAUGAUCUGAAUCAAGAAGCUAACAAAAUCCAGUCAUUUGAGGACUAUGUGCUUUUAAGGAAGGUGAUGAUCAAAAUGCAGUAUCAGAAGAUGCAUCUGUUUCUCCGUGAGGAGGAGCAACUCCAUCUGGAGACACUGGAGAAAGAGGCAGAGGAGAUUUUGCAACAACUCCAGGAAAGUGCAUUCAGAAUAACCCAACAGAAAGCAAGCCUGAAAGAAAUGUACAAAGAGCUGACUGAGAUGUGCCACAAGCCUGACCUGGAGCUGCUCCAGGACUUGGGAAAUGUAUUGCAAAGGACUGAAUUGGUGCAGGUGCAAAAGCCUCAGCCCAUGAUUCCAGAGCUCACCUCGCACGGCAUCACAGGAAUCCUAGACAUACUGAACAACUUCAGAGUGGAUAAUGUGCUGAGUCAGGAAGCGACCAGUUGCUACAUGUGCGUUUCUGAGGAUGCUGGAAGUGUGAUGUUUGGAGUCACCCAUCCUGGUGUGUCCAGAGAGCCUGAGAGCCUGGCGAGCUUAGCAGCCUGGGGACCUCAGGUCUUCACCUCUGGUAAACAUUACUGGGAGGUGGAUGUAACACGCUCCCCAAAUUGGAUUCUGGGAGUCUGUAAAGAUUCCUUGAUGAGUGAUAUUGAUAUCAUUUGUGAUCCUGAGGCAGCAUUUCUUCUGUUUUCUUUGAAGAUACACAAUCGUUAUAGUCUCUCCACGAACUCCCCGCCCUUAAUUCAGUAUGUGGAAAGGCCUUUGGGUGAGAUUGGAGUAUUUCUGGAUUAUGACAAUGGAACUGUGAGCUUCUAUGAUGUUUGCAAAAGUUCCCUCAUAUACAGUUUCCUUCCUUCCUCCUUCUCUUUCCCUCUGAAGCCAUUCCUUUGCUUUGAGGGAGCUGGCGCGCUUCUGGGCCGCGCCUUCUACAAGGUCUUAGAAAUCCCGAGCAGAGGCUCCGUGGGGACGGGGGGAUGGGGAGGGGGGAGCCGCAUCAGGGACUCCAGUGGGUUUCGCUUUGUUUUGACCACGCCCCGCGCCGCAUUCCUCCCGCGAUCUCCCGCCUUCCGUUCGGGUCUUGAGCCACGUCCCGGGGUCGCGUUCCGACCCGAAUGCAAUCACCACCCGCACUCGCACCCGCACCUGUUCUACGUCACCCCUGACUUCAGCACCCAGAGAAAGGCUCCCGGCCGGGCGGCCGGCUGCGCCGACCCCUCGCCCGGUGCAGGUUCCCGGCCUCAGCGGGACGAGUCAGUAGGCCUAGCGAGCACCCCAGAGUCCGCGUGCAAAGGGGGCUUGGCUGCGGGACCGUUCGGGGCCGGCCCUGCGUGGUGGUGGGUGUGGUCGCCGCCGUCCUGCAUCCCUGGCGGGAAAGGGGUAGAGAUGCUCAGCCUUUGCCUGGGGGAUUUCAGAUCCAGUUUGAAUCUCCGCGAAUUGCAGUGUUGGUUUAGGGACCCUGGCCUUCUAGGCUUUUCUUUCACCCUGGCGACAGGGUGUGCUCCACUGCAGUGCCCUCCACUGCUCUCUAGGCGCCUGGAGUAUGAACUGGGAAGCCUUAGCCUUGGGGACAGUGGGACCCGUUCCCUCCAGGGUAGGCGACAGGUGGGCCCCACGGAACCCCAGCUUCCUCUAAAUAUGGAUUCCAACAUCUUCCAGAAUGAAUUCACUUGUUCCAUAUGUGUGAAGUACUUCAUAGACCCGGUCACUAUAGGCUGUGGGCACAGCUUUUGUAUGCCUUGUCUUUGUAUCUUCUGGGAGGAAGCCUAUCAUCCUCCUUCCUGCCCUGUCUGCAGGGAAACAUCCCAUCAAACGAACUUCAAAACCAACAUUGUUUUGAAGACACGGGUAUUCCUUGCCAGACGGGCAAGACCUUACCACUUACCGAGCUCUGCAGAACAGAUGUGUGAGAUACACAUGAAAACUAAGAACUUCUUCUGUGAGGUUAUGAAGGACCUGCUCUGUUUGCUGUGCUGUAAGUCAAAGGAGCAUGAGGCCCACAGACAUUGUUCCACUGACUGGACCGCUGAGGAAUACCGGCAAAAGCUCCUAAAAGAAAUGAGGUCUGUGUGGGAAAAGACACAAGAAAAUCGGAGAAAUCAAAAAAGAGAGAGCAGCAAAAUCAGAGCAUGGGAGAUCCACUCACCGCAGGGUUAUGUGUCUCUGCGGAGGGAGAUGAUCCGUGCUGAAUAUCGGAAGGUGUACCACUUGCUUUACGAGGAAGAGAGACGUUAUUUAGAGAGAAUGGAGAAAGAAAGCAACGAGAUUUUACAACAACUCAGAGCAAGUGAGGACAGCAUGGACCAAAAGGGAAAAGUCCUAAGAGGAAUGUAUGAGGACCUCAAGAAAACGUGUCAUGAACCAGACGUGGAGCUGCUCCAGCAUUUUGAAAACACUUUAAAAAGGAGUGAGUCAGUGCAGCUGCACAUGCCCCAACCUGUGGAUCCACGGCUCAGUUCAUGGCCCAUCACGGGGCUGAUAGAGAGACUCAACCAUUUUCUUGUGCCCAUUUUUUUUGAGAAUGAAACAACGACCUGUCACAUGCCGCUGUUUGAAGAUCUGAGACGUUGGCUCUUCAGUCGCGAUCAUCCUGACGUUGUCACUAAUGCAACAAGAUCAAAAUACUUUCUGGCAUGGGGAGCCCAGACAUUUACCUGUGGUCAGCAUUACUGGGAGGUGGAUGUGGGGAACUGUCGGAACUGGGCCCUUGGAUUUUGCGAUGAUUCUUGGACAAUGAGGAAUGACAUGGCGCUUGACUCAGAGGGGAUUUUUCUACUCUUUUGUAUCAAAGGGGACAACCAGUGUCGUCUCUUUAGCUCCUCUCCACUGUCGCCUCAAUAUGUAGAAAGGCCUCUGGGCCACGUGGGGGUGUUCCUGGAUUAUGAGUGUGGUGUGGUGAGCUUUGUGAACGUGGCCAAUUGCUCCCUCAUUUGCAGUUUCCUCUCACGUUCCUUCUGUCUUCCUCUCCGACCCUUUCUAUGCUCUGCACCCUCAUGAGGAGGGACAUGUCAGAAAGUGACCGCAAGCGUCAGCUCAGCGAAGUGCCUGCUUGAUGGUCUUCAACGUCUUCCUUUAUCCAACCCAUUGACUAUUUUUAAAGGUUGAUAAUUACAAGUGUAUACAUUUGUUUCCAUUGUAUUUAAAUAAAAACAAUCUCUCUUAGA